CUCUCCAUCGCUUCACGCCUCCGGCGGCAGACCCGGACCAGCACCACGCCACCGCUCCGGCCAUCGCGCGCGCGCGCACACCAUGGCCGUGAUUGGCCACCACCGUCUGCCCCCCUACCUCGCCGCGGCUGCCGCCCUCUUCCUCGCGUCCGCCCUCGCGCCGCUCGCCGCCGGGGACCCGCUGGGCCAGCUCUGCGGCAGCAGCAACAACUACACCCUGAACGACACCUACCAGGGCAACCUCAAGCGCCUCGCCGCCACGCUGCCCAAGAAUGCCUCCUCCUCCCAGGCGCUCUUCGCGAAGGCCAGCCUCGGCGCCGUACCGGACAUCGUCUACGCGCUCGCGCUCUGCCGCGGCGACACCAACGCCUCCGCCUGCGGGGACUGCGUCGCGACGGCGUUCACGGACGCGCAGCAGGUCUGCCCCUACAACAAGGACGCCACCAUCUUCUACGACCCCUGCUUCCUCCGCUACUCCAACCAGAACUUCCUCGUCUCCCCCGCCGGCGCCGGCGGAGGGAACGCCCUCAUCCUCAUGAACACGCAGAACGUCACCGCGCCGUUCGGUGUGUUCGACGCCGCCGUGGCCAUGCUCCUCAACGCCACCGCCAACUACGCGGCAGGAAACUCGUCCAAGAGGUUCGGCACGGGGGUGGAGGGGUUCCAGACCUUCGACAGCAAGAACCCGAGGAUCUACGGGCUGGCGCAGUGCAGGCCGGACAUGACGCCGGACGACUGCCGGGCAUGCCUCUCCGAUAUAAUUCAGAGCGGGCCAAAGUAUUUCAGCGGGAAGCAGGGUGGUAGGAUUCUUGGUGUGCGGUGCAACUACAGGUAUGAGCAGUACUCGUUCUUCACCAGCACCCCGUUGCUUCAGCUGCCGGAGCCUGCCGUGGGGGCCCCGGCGCCCGCUCCCGCUCCGGUGAAAGGGACGCCGACGACGAUCGGAGGAGGAGGAAGAGGAAACAAAACUGGUAGAGUUUUAGCCAUUGCACUUCCUAUAGUCGCUGCUAUACUAGCUACUGUAGUAAUUUGCUCUUGUGUGUGGAAGAAGAGGAAAACACCAGGAAAGCCAUUACUACCAGAUACAACUAACCCAGAGAACAUAGAAAGUAUUGAUUCACUCAUUAUUAAUCUAUCAACUCUGCGAGCUGCAACGGAAAACUUUGAUGAAGCCAAUAAACUCGGUGAAGGAGGUUUUGGUGCAGUUUACAAGGGAAUCCUCCCAGAUAAUCAGGAAAUAGCAGUGAAAAGGCUCUCACAGAGUUCUAGACAAGGGAUUGAGGAGCUGAAAAAUGAGCUUGUUUUGGUUGCUAAGCUGCAACACAAGAAUUUAGUUAGGCUUGUCGGUGUUUGCUUGGAGGAUCAUGAAAAAUUGCUUGUAUAUGAGUAUAUGCCCAACAAAAGCCUCGACACUAUUCUUUUUGAUCAGGAGAGAUGUGGUGAGCUUGACUGGGGGAAGAGAUUUAAGAUAGUCAACGGGAUUGCUCGUGGCUUGCAGUAUCUUCACGAAGAUUCUCAAGUGAAGAUUAUCCACCGUGAUCUCAAAGCAAGCAAUAUUCUGUUAGACCAUGACUUCAUUCCUAAGAUCUCAGAUUUCGGCUUAGCAAGGCUAUUCGGGAAUGACCAAACACAAGAUGUCACAAACCGUGUUGUUGGAACCUAUGGAUACAUGGCCCCUGAAUACGCUAUGCGUGGGCAUUACUCUAUCAAGUCUGACGUGUUCAGCUUCGGCGUUUUGAUCCUAGAGAUCAUCACGGGAAGAAGAAAUGGUGGCUCGUACAGUACCGAUGAAUCUGCUGAUCUCCUUAGUUUGGUAUGGGAGCAUUGGACGACGGGAACGCUGAUGGAUAUCAUGGAUUCAUCCUUCAGCAGCCUUGCUCCACGAGACCAGAUGGUGAAGUGCAUCCACAUCGGGCUCCUCUGCGUUCAAGACGACCCCGCAGAUAGGCCAGUGAUGUCAACGGUAAAUGUCAUGCUCAGCAGCAGCACUGUGACCCUCCAAGCUCCAUCCAGGCCGGCAUUUUGCAUCCAGAAGAGUGGCUUCAAUUCGGAAAUGUACUCGGAAGUGCAUGCAGGAGCUUCACAUUCUGUGAGCAGAUCACCUAUGUCGCUGAACGACGUUUCGAUUACUGAACUUGAGCCAAGGUGAUCCACCUCGCAAAGUGAUGAUGAACUAGUUGCACUGUUGUUGCAACGAAAACAAAGUUUGGUGCUGGGAAGAUCAGGGAGCAGCCAGAAUUUUGGAUUGGUGGCCAAAUAGGCUAUACAGCACAGGUUUUUAUGAUCAAAAUAUUAUUAAGAAGUUCAUUAGGAAAAAGGAGGUGUGGAGCACAUUCUCUAGUUUGCAUUGGCAGUUCUGUUUUGCAACCAAUGUGAAUAGUUUCUAAACAGUGUGAGUACCUAAAAGGUCUGAGGACGGCGGAGGAAUAAUAACUAUAUUGUCGUUUUAAUGUUAGUUA